CUAACCCUUCUCGCGUUCCGAAAGUAAUUCUUCCGGUAUCAAAAGUCACUUCCGGUCUUGUUGUGCCAUCCAAUCUAAAUCGUGUAGCACGAGAAAUUUUACUUACUUCAAGAGCACGGCGAAGGAAUUAUGUCUCAUACGAUCCUGUUGGUCCAGCCCACCAAGAGACCAGAGGGACGGACGUAUGCUGACUAUGAAUCAGUCAACGAGUGCAUGGAAGGCGUGUGUAAGAUGUACGAGGAGCACCUGAAGAGAAUGAACCCCAACACACCAUCCAUCACCUAUGACAUCAGUCAACUGUUUGACUUCAUCCACGACCUGGCUGACCUCAGCUGCUUGGUGUACCGUGCAGACUCACAGACGUACCAGCCGUACAACAAGGACUGGAUCAAGGAGAAGAUUUACGUGCUGCUGCGGCGUCAGGCCCAACAGGCUGGGAAAUGAGACCUUACAGCCCAGUUCCAGAAUGACUGCACUGCAGACGCCUGAUCUCACAACAACCUGGACAGGUGUUUAACAUGUCCGCUAAGCACAUCGUAUGUUAUAGCAAUCUGUUGCCCACCAUGGAUGCAACAUCUGCAAUGUAGGCUGCCUGGAACACGACCAUCAGGGGAAUUUGCCCCUAAAUGCUUGGGUCAGUUUUGCGUUUUCCCUACCAAUGGUUUACUUUUGGGGGGGGGGGGCUUGGAUCUGUACAUAGGGGAACCUUCACUCCGGAGCGUUUGGAAAGGGAGGGUUGAAUGAUGCUAUGAAUCCAGGCUAUUUUAGUUUUUUUUAGUUUUCUAGAGGGAAGGGUAAGGCAGCUUACAUUUUGUUAAAAUGUUUGUAUUUAAAGAAAAUGUCCCCUUUUAUAAAAAUUUUAAAAAGAAGUCUGUCUUUUACUUUUAAAAUAAAAAAUAUUAUUUGUUA